AUGAUCAGCGGAGUCAUCUCCACAGUCAAACUGUUUUCUUUUCUCGUCACUUACGAGUUCUGGAGCCGGCUCGGAUUCUUCGUCGGGUACAUCUUCACUUUCCUGUUGGUGCUCGAGGUCACACGCCUGGCAAGCACCGAUGCACACAGGAAGCAAGUCGAGAAGGUGCUCGACUCCUAUGCGGCAUCGCGAUCAGAAAGUGAACCCCGGCGGCCGCGCCCAGCUCCUGAGAUGAAAAAGGUGUCUCUUGACGCACUCGAAGAAAUGGAACGGCAAAGCAUGAUUGCAGAAAAGGAAAGGCGAGCACGAACACCGAGUCCUGCUGUCACUCGCAAACCAGAACCCGAGCUUGUGCAGAUCGACGAAGAGAGAAGACGGAGACGAGCAUCCUCCACAGCCGCCCCGCCAAAGACAUCAUCAGCGUCAAGGUCUACCUCGCAAUCACAUCCUCAAGCGCAAACAUCAAGCCCAACCCGUCGUCUCAGGAAACGCAGCGACACUCUCAACUCGUCCAGCAGCGCUGAGUCCAAAGACGCUGCUGUGAGGAGAAAGCGCCGCGAGGCCUCGCCUGCCGAGUCCAAGACCUCGUCUAGACAUGCGAGUCCGACGCCCAAGAGUAGAAGCAAGGAAAGCAGGAUCCUAGGAGCGUCGUUGGGGAAGAUGUUGAGGGGCAAGGUGUGA